UAGCGUUCUUGCUCCUAGUAGCGAUGCCCUUUGCUCCUAGUAGCUUCUUGUUUAUUCAAGAACAUUGAAACGAAGUGAGAAUGCACAUGAGACGCGGUGCCUGAGAUUUUGCGAUGGCAAAGCGCUGUGAGGGCAGGAGAAGGCUUUCGCCAAGCACUUCACAGAGCACAAGUGCUGCAUCAGCGCCAGGUUUGGGUGCGUAGUUUCUGCCAAUGCUCUGGACUUUGUGCUUGUAUGGCCGCUCUUUGCUGUGCUGUGGCUGCGUCUAUAUUUAUCUACGUGGCUGGGGAUGGAGCUGGCAACGGACCAGCGCCUGCUGCUGUGGCCUACAAAUGCACUAGCGACCUCUACUUUGGACGUGUGCUGAAGCCAGAGCAGAAAGGACUUGCUAUCGACGACACAACCUUCCAUGAAUGUGGCCAUGCAAUUCCAAGGAUGUGGCCUAACACGCAGGCUCCUCUCACGUCACUUCGACUCUUCAAGGCAUGGGACAAGGCGUGGCCUGAUGGAGGUCGCGUGGAGGCAUGGUCCCAGCUAGAAGUUGUUGUCCGUGAAGGCCAGAUGCAGGUUCUGGUUGGCACACAAGUUACUUGUGAUGAGCAAGACGACGACCGCGACUGGCGCCUGGUGAAACAGCUGGUGCAAGUGCUUGGAAGGCAACACGUGAUGGGUAUUGCUGUUGGCAAUGAGCUCGAACUACUGCAGUUCAAAGAAAAUGUAUCGACAGAAUGUAUCCAACGAAUGUGGAAAGGCGGAUAUUUCUUGCGGAAACUUUCAGAGCGAGCAGCCGAUUUGGAUCACUUGGAUGGCUUCGACAAUGUUCCGCUGACCUCCGUUUUCGGUGGCUACAUUCUUUCUGGAUCUCCUUUCGUUGAGACACCAGGGGCCAUGGUUCAGACCUUCCUUCGAGAAGCGCUCAAGAUGUGUGCAACGUCACGCCACCAGUGGGUUUUUGCCCUCAACAUCUACCCGUACUUCGCCACGAACAACGUCUUGGAUCCAGGGACGACAGAUCAAUGUACUGGAAGCCUUCAAUCAGAUCUGUGCUUCUCAAAAGGUUGCAACUUACCCAGCACGAUUCAACUGAUGCGGCAAAAGAUGUCGCUUCUUGUGGGCAGCACGGACAGCCUCCUGUGGAUCGGGGAAACUGGCUGGUCUUCACCGCAGGCAGGUCCUGCAUUGGUGAUUUCAAGGCCGUGCCAAGUGAAAAACUUCUGAUUCAGGCUGCUACACUAACCGGAGCAAUGACAUCUUGCCCAGCAUUUUCAUCAACGCACUCCCUUAACAAUUUGGCCGAACAACGCGCAGAUCUCUUAACACCAUGGCGUGUGGGUUUUAUGGUUUCUAGCAGCUCUAGCACUUGAAUUGGAGUCCGCUGUGUCUUGCCAAGCUGAGAACGUUACUACUCGAAUUUUUUGAAGUGGACGCUGGACAUCCCAGACGUGGCGGGCCCUGAUCACAUUUUCUACUUUACUGCCCGAGACUCUGGUAACUUUGGAGCCGCUUGACUCCCAGUUUUCCUAGCUUUGGUUGACAUCGACCAGGGCUGUUGUGCCUUUUGAUGGCAACACUUUGUGGCUCAAUUGGCCUGUGUCCUAGCUGCUAGCUGUCAGAUAGUUUUCAUUCGCGACGACACCCAGAAGAUUUCCACAAACUAAUCUGAUUCUGACACAGCUCUACGUGUCAAACAGAAAUGAACAUCUCUGAUGAUAGUAUUUAAUUUAGCUAUCGGAGAUUAGUCAGGCAAGAUAAACUCCGGCGUAAGCCUGGGCAACAUUUGAUCCAAGAUCAGAUCCCGACAUAUCCGUCUUACAGGGAAGUCCACCAUAUUUGCUCAAGGUUGGCGAACACUUUGGCCUUGUGGCAAACUGCAAUUUGGUUUGACAUUAUUUCAAAAGCUUGAGUUCGCUGAUGUGUUCAUGUCAGCUUUCCAACAUCCACAAAUCUUGCUUGCUCAGGCAACUCCCAGAAGUGCAAGCUUCAGUCAAAUAGCUCCGAGGAAUUGUUUGUAUAGGUGGAAAGUUGUACAUAAGAACAGCUAAGGUUGUGGACUUUGAUUUUUCUCGAAUGCGUAGCGAAGGGUUUUCUUUUCUCUUAUUUUGCAUUUUGCUCUCGCAAAGCGAGACUCUAGAUGCUACAGAUAAUGCGCUUGACCGUGAGUCUUUGCAAUCAAAA